UAUGGAAGUGAAAAAUUUUUCUGAGAAAGAACUUGUAAAGUUUGUUAAUAAAGGUGACUAUAGUGCAGUGAAAAAGCAGCUGAAAUCUGGUGCGGAUCCAAAUAUUUACGAUGAAGAGGGAAAUCCGCUCCUUUUUCUUCCCAUUAUCAGUGGGGAUGAUGAAAUGAUGGAUAUACUCUUGUCUUUUGAAACAUGCAAUAUAAACAUUCGCAGCCAAGAUCUCCGGACUCCGUUGCUAAUUGCAGUAGAGUUGGACGACAUGGAGUUUGUGAAGACCCUCAUAAAAGCAGGAGCAAACAUCGAUUGUACUGAUGGAUCGGGGAAGACACCGCUGCUGUUGGCGCUGGAGGAGGGGCGUUUUGAAAUUGCUGAGUACCUUAUUAAGCGUGGUUGUAAUGUUAACGUUGUGGACGGACUAGGACAGAGCGCUCUUCAAUUUGUGGCAAAUGGAAAUCAUAGUCAUUGUAUCAGAAUGGUGGACAAAAUUCUCAAAAGUGGUUUUAAUCUAGAGGACCAUAACGAAUGGAUUCCGGCGGCGAAUGUAAAAUCAAGAACAUUAGGACGAAAAACAAAGAUUCCCAAGGUGAUGCGAACAUUCAGCAUGAGGGUGAAAAAUUUUCCGAGUUUCCGAAAAGCCAAACCAAAUACCCUUAAGACCUGAAGCUUCAGGUGAAAAAUCCAGUUCAUCAGGCCAAAGUAUAUGAUGAAUUGCAAGAGCUCUACCAAAUCAAAGAGCGUAAAAAACCUCAUGCCAUAAAAACCUCAUCACAAGCCCGGUCCCAGUCGGCACCUAUGCAGCGCAAGGCUGCCCUUUUUGACCAUUAAUUUCUUCACCUGACAAGUCGCUGGUGAGAAGUGGAUUA